AUGGGUUCGAAACCUUUCUUCGGCCUACAGGGCAAUGCACUGCUAAGAGCAGCCGUCAUGCUGGUAGUAUGUCCGACAUUUACUUGUUACGGAUACAACAUGAGUGUGGCCGGUGGUCUCUUGACGCUGUCGGCCUUCAACAAGCAAUUCCCUCAGAUGGACACUAUCAACACCACCGGUGCACAGAAGUCGGAGAAUUCACAAAUACAAGGCACCGUCAUUGCACUAUAUACGGUCGGCGGUAUUUUCGGUGCUCUUUCCUGCGUCUAUCUUGGUGAUGUCCUUGGCCGGCGUAAGGUCAUCUUCUUUACAAACCUUAUCUCAAUAAUUGGUGCCAUUCUGAUGGCGACAUCCUUCGACUUCGCUCAAUUCAUCGUUGCCCGUCUAAUACUUGGCCUCGGAACCGGAGGCUACGUGGCGACAGUGCCUGUUUGGCAAUCGGAACUUUCACCUGCCCACAAGCGAGGAUCCAAUGUCGUGACUGACGGUAUCUUCGUUGGUGUCGGUGUCACUCUCGCACUCUGGAUCGACUUUGGAUUCUACUUUGUGCAAGGUAGCUCCGUCUCAUGGCGGUUCCCUCUCGUGUUCCAGGUGGUUCUCUCCGCAACGGCCAUGAUUUUCAUUUAUAUGCUGCCCGAAUCACCUCGAUGGUUGGUCAAGACUGGCCAAAUCGAGCAGGCCCGUGAGGUUCUGGGAGCCUUACUCGAGGCCGAGUCCGACUCUGACACCGUCACCGAAAGCAUCAACUCUAUCGAAGCCUCUCUCGCCUACUGCGGAUCGGGCAAAUGGACCGAUAUGUUCACAAACGGAAAACAACGUCUCUUCCACCGUACCUAUCUCGCUGCUACUGGCCAAAUGUUCCAACAAAUGUGCGGUGUGAACCUUAUUACCUACUACGCUACCACGAUUUUCGAAGAAUAUCUCGGCAUGGACGCCGUACGGGCUCGAGUUCUCGCUGCCUGUAUGGGUUUGAUGCAGCCUAUGGGUGGCUUCCUUGCCUUUUACACCAUCGAUCGUCUCGGUCGCCGACCACUUAUGCUUUGGAGUGCCGGAGCCAUGUCUAUCUGCAUGGCUGGUCUUGCAGGCACGACAUCCACCAAGGAUAACACCACCGCCCUUGUCUUUGCCGUGAUCUUCCUCUACGCUUUCCAGUUCAUCUUCACCGUCGGCUACUCGGGUCUAACAUUCCUCUAUGCCGCCGAGAUGGCACCGCUCCAAAUUCGAGCUGCCGUCAGUGCAGUUUCGACCAGUACUGUCUGGGCUUUCAACUUCUUGCUCGCUCAGGUUACCCCCGUCGGAUUUUCGACUAUUUCAAACCGCUAUUAUAUUAUUUUCGCGGUGAUCAACGCUGUGAUCGUUCCAUCGGUCUACUUCUUCUUCCCUGAGACAAAGGGCCGCUCUUUGGAAGAGAUUGAUGAGAUCUUCGCGAAGUCGAAGAGUAUCUUUGAUCCGCCCCGUAUCGCCCGUGCCAUGCAAAAGGUGCAUGUUGGCGAAGUCCACUCUGAGAGUGGUGAGCAAAGUGGGUCGGAUGAUGUUCUCAAGAAGGAUGUCAAGUCAUGA